UCAAGCCCAGCGGAGAUGGAGGAGGCAAGCACAGCGCAGGCUCCAGCAUGGCUGCCGCUGCAAUGGGAUCUGGAGGGGGAGACAGGUGACGUGCAGCAGCUGCUGCUGGCGGCCGCGGAAAGUUUGCGAAAGAACCAGCCAGAGGAGGCGAAGGUCAGCUAUGCCAAGGCCUUCAGCAAGCAUUUGGAGCGCCCAAGGAUGCACCUGGCCUUCUCCGCCGCCUUCCCGCUCUUCUUCGCCGCCCUGCGGGAGGGCAGCGAGGGCGGCGACAAGGCCAGCUGCGGCCGGGCGCAGCUGGUCCUGUGCGGUGAUCACAGCACCGACGUGGUCAGCUGCUGCCGGGUUUUGCUGGAGCACGUCCAGUCCAUGUCCAAGUAUGGGGAGGAGCCGCCCGCGAGUCCUCCAGAUGGCACAUCCAGACUCGACUUCGUGCACGAGCUUUGCGCGCAGGUGGGGGUAUCUCUGGACUUGGUGCGCGUGGCCUGUGUCCAGUGGCGACGCAAGGGCCGCACGCUGAAGGCGUCCUCAUCCGCAGUGGCCACCCCGGAGAGCGGCGGCAGGUCGCAAGACACGCCGCAAACGGAGCGCCGCGGGGACGAAUUCCGGAGUCUGAUUCUGAAGGGCACGGAGCGCGCGGGGCGCUUCCUGAGAUCUAUGCAGGCGGAGAUGGAGGAGCUACAAGGGGAAGCGAAAGCACGAGGCGCGGACCAGCCUGGCGUAUUAGAGGAUGGCACCCUGGAUCCUUUGCUGCUGCCCACGUUCGGGCAGUUCAUUGACCAGCAGCUUCUGCCUCUCUACGUGCGUGAUAUCCAGAUGAAGUAUUUGGAAGAGACCUUGGAGCACUACUGCGGCUGCCCCAUCGACUCAGAGGACGAGCAGAAGGCCCGGCAGCUGCUGGGACUAGCAGCCAAGCCCAGGAAGCGGCUCUUGGCCUCUGACUCCCUGCCACCCACGCCGGGCAGCGAGGCCAACCGCAGGACCAAAAUGACCAACCUGGAGGGGUCCAUCCAGCAGUUGAUUCAGGCCCCGCAGAGAAAGCUUCGGGUGCAGAUGACCAACUCCGUGGUGGAGAAGCGCCGCCUCGGCCUCUCCGCGCACGCGGACCUCACACUGCCCCGGGACAUCGUGACGCCGCUGCUUGCGGCCAGGCGCCGAGAGGAGACGCCCUUCCACACGCCGGAGCGCAAGCGCAGCCGCCGGGUGCCGCAGACUGCGCUGCCCACACACCGCGUGUCUGGGGCCUUGCUGCGGUCGCCCGAGGCCAGCGAAGGCCUGGAGGACCUGGCGCCUUCUCCCGUGGCCUGGCGCCGUUCCGGCUCCACGGCGCGGCCGGAGCAGACCGAGGAGCUCACGGCGGACUGGUCUGUUAUGCCUGACACCCCGUGGCGAUGAGAAGGUCGCGCAUAAAAAGGGCACCGGAGUUCGCAAGGCUGGGGGAAUCCUGCACAGAUCAGAACCAACUUACCCGAUGAAAUCUGAUGCACGUGAUAAUGUUAACCCCGG